AUGGGGACGGGAAGAUCCUUCAUGAGCCCGACUUCCACCGGCCAGGCGCCGUUGGACCAGAGUGACCGCAAUGCCAGAGUCCAGGAUGGCCCAGAACGGCUUUCCAUUUACUUUCACUUCCACCUCCGGAGCUCCAACCGGCAGGUUGCGGUGCACAAUGCAGCCUGCCAGCCAGGUCCGUGCGGGACGUGCGGGGACUUCCGUUGGCAUGGGCUCAUCCCGCAGAGAGGGAGCCGCCGGCCUGCCUACUGCCAGCAAAUGCAGCACUACACAAACCAGUUAGCAAAAGAGACCAACAGACAUCUGAAAGACCUGGGCUCUUUACCACAGCCACAGUCUCCUUCAGAACAGCGGCAGCAGAGGAUUCAGAAAGACCGUCUGAUGAGUGACUUCUCAGCUGCCCUCAACAACUUCCAAGUGGUCCAGCGGCGAGCUGCAGAGAGGGAGCGUGAAUCAGUGGCGCAGGCUCGAGCUGGCUCCAGACUCCACGUUGAUGAGCUCAAUCAAGAUGAACAGCUUGUGACAUUUGAAAAAAAUGAAGGGUGGAUGAUGCAGGCAGAAGAGGAGCCUUUCACCGAAGAGGACCUUGAGCUUAUUAAAGAGAGAGAGACCAAUAUCCGUCAGCUGGAGUCAGACAUUAUGGAUGUGAAUCAGAUCUUCAAGGACCUUGCAGUCAUGAUCCAUGACCAGGGUGACAUGAUAGAUAGCAUUGAAGCCAGCGUGGAGAGUGCAGAGGUGCAUGUGGAGCGAGGAGCUGAACAACUCCAGCAGGCGGCUUAUUAUCAGAGAAAAUCCCGCAAGAGGAUGUGUGUUCUGGCUCUUAUCCUGUCGCUAGCGGCGACCAUCUUUGCUAUAAUCAUUUGGCAAGUAGUCAGAUAAAAUGAGAGCAGAAGUACUGGAUGCUACUUCAGUAUUGAGUGAGUGACGUGUGUGUGUUUAUUGUGUGCGCAAAUGCAAGCACAUAUUUGAGAAAAAAAAACAAACUACAAUUUCUGUAGGAGUGGCUGGUGAUAUUGUGAUGUGAACCUAGGGACUCUUAAAGGGGUCAUAUGAUGCUGCUAAAAAUAA